AUGUUGGUCCUCAAUAACACCAGUGCUCAGCCUGUGAUCUUCCUCCUGACUGGUAUCCCAGGCCUGAGAGCAGACCAGGUCUGGUUCUCUAUUCCCUUCUGUCUCCUGUAUGUCAUCGCUCUGUCUGGAAACAGCAUGAUUCUGUUGGUGGUCUUCUGUGAGCCGAGCCUCCACGCACCUAUGUACUACUUCCUCUCCAUGCUCUCAGCCACAGACCUGAGCUUGUCCUUAUGCACACUUUCCACGACCCUUGGUGUCCUUUGGUUGGAUGCCCGAGAGAUCAACUUAAAUGUCUGCAUUGCUCAGAUGUUCUUUCUCCAUGGAUUUACCUUCAUGGAGUCUGGGGUGCUGCUGGCUAUGGCCUUUGAUCGUUUUGUGGCCAUCUGUGACCCACUGAGAUAUACCACCAUCCUUACCAAUACCAGGAUUGCACAGAUCGGGGUGACUGUGCUGAUACGAAAUGUCGCUGUCAUGUUGCCUGUUGUGCUCUUUGUCAAGAAGCUGUCCUUCUGCAGUUCUUUAGUCCUUUCACACUCUUACUGCUACCAUGUUGAUCUCAUUCAGCUGUCAUGUUCAGACAACAGAAUCAACAGCAUCCUUGGGCUUUUUGCCCUGUUCUCCACUACAGGAUUUGAUUGUCCUUGUAUCUUACUCUCCUAUAUCCUGAUCAUCCGAUCUGUCCUUAGCAUUGCUUCUUCGGAGGAGAGGCAGAAAGCUUUCAAUACCUGCAUCUCCCAUAUCAGCGCUGUGGCCAUCUUCUACAUUCCUCUCAUCAGCCUGUCCCUUGUCCACCGCUAUGGCCGUUCAGCCCCGCCAUUUAUCCACACCAUCAUGGCCAAUGUCUUCUUACUCAUUCCUCCUGUGCUCAACCCUAUCAUUUACAGUGUCAAGACUAAGCAGAUUCGGAAAGCUAUUAUCAAGGUGUUAAUGCAGAGGCAAAGCCAUGUCUAA